AUGAAUGACAUUCAGGAGGCCACCUCCCCCGCCACCAGCCUCGGCGGUCCGGCGACCUGCGUCUCCAAAGUAGAGCUGCGGGUGUCUUGUAAAGCUUUACUGGACCGUGACACUCUGAAUAAGUCAGACCCUUGUGUGAUCCUCAUGGUACAGACCAACGGACAAUGGACAGAGUUGGACAGGACAGAGGUGAUCAAGAGCAACUUGCACCCCGUCUUUGCCAAGGUCUUCUCCUUGGAUUACUACUUUGAAGAGGUUCAGAAACUACGAUUCGAAGUGUACGACAUCCACGGCACCCACAGCAUCGGGACGCGUGACGAUGACUUCUUAGGCGGAGUGGAGUGCACGCUCGGUCAGAUUGUGGCCCAAAAAAAGAUAGUGAAGCCCCUACUUCUCAAGUAUGGAAAAUAUGCUGGGAAAUCCACCAUCACGGUGCAUGCGGAGGAAAUUUCCGGUAACAAUGGCUAUGUGGAGCUGUCUUUCUGUGCCAAGAAACUCGACGACAAGGACCUCUUCAGCAAGUCAGACCCAUUUUUGGAAAUUUAUCGUAUCAAUGAUGAUGAAACGGAGCAGCUUGUCCACAGAACUGAGGUUAUAAAAAACAACCUGAAUCCUGUUUGGGAGCCAUUCAAAGUGUCUCUCAUAUCACUCUGCAGCUGUGAUGAGGAGAGGAAGCUGAAGUGCCUAGUGUGGGAUUACGACUCGAGGGGGAAGCAUGACUUCAUUGGAGAGUUCUACGCUACUUUCAGAGAAAUGCAGAAAAUCUCCAGCGGAAAUAAGGUGAUGUGGGAUUGUGUGAAUCCUAAGUACAAACAGAAGAAAAGGAAUUAUAAAAACUCAGGAGUUGUCAUCUUAACUGACAUCAAACUCCACAGAGUUUACUCCUUCUUGGAUUACAUUAUGGGAGGAUGCCAGAUUCACUUCACGGUCGCCAUUGACUUCACAGCCUCCAACGGAGACCCGAGAAACAGUUGCUCUUUGCAUUACAUCAACCCCUACCAGCCCAAUGAGUACCUGAAGGCUCUCAUAGCCGUGGGCGAGAUCUGUCAAGACUACGACAGUGACAAAAGAUUUUCAGCAUUGGGGUUCGGUGCCAGAAUCCCUCCAAACUACGAGGUGUCUCAUGAUUUUGCCAUCAAUUUCAAUCCAGAUGAUGACGAAUGUGAAGAGAUCCAAGGAGUGGUUGAGGCCUACCAGAACUGCCUUCCUAAAAUCCAGCUGUAUGGCCCCACCAACGUCUCUCCCAUCAUUAACAGGAUAGCCAAGCUGUCAGCUGGCGACGGCAACAUUAAAGACGCCUCUCGAUAUCACAUCCUGCUCAUCCUAACCGAUGGCGUGGUGACAGAUAUGGCGGACACACGUGAAGCCAUCGUGCGGGCCUCCUACCAGCCACUAUCCAUUAUCAUCGUCGGAGUAGGCAACGCCGACUUCACAGACAUGCAGAUUUUAGACGGAGAUGACGGCGUCCUGCGCUCGCCAAAGGGCGAGCCGGUCCUGAGGGACAUUGUGCAAUUCGUCCCCUUCCGGGAUUUCAAGACGGCUUCACCAGCAGCCUUGGCUAAAUGUGUCCUGGCAGAGGUGCCCAAACAGGUUGUGGAGUACUACAGCCACAAGGCCAUCCCCCCUAUGUGUCCAGUGAGGAACUUGCCCACACCCAUCCUCAGCCCAGUCGCCACCACUCCGACGGAGUAA